UGUCUUGUGAAGUGUCGAGUGAUCAUUUUAAUAUAUAAAAUAUUGAAUGCUACCUCCAUUAUAUGCUUAAUAACAAGAUUUCGGGAAGUCGCAGUCGACGAUGGGCUCGGAAUAACCGGAGUCUGGAGUAUCUUUGCAUAUUUCGUCGUUUUUUCGCUCAGAUACAUCGAAAGUGCAACAGAUGAUUCAUUAUUAUUAGUAUCAGGAAGAGAAGUCGGAUGAUGAUUCGGAAAUGGAGGAUGAGGCACAAGAUGAAGAUGACUUACUCUCACAGCAGCUUCAUGUCAAUUCACAAACGAUGGAUCCAGGUGCAUCUCCAAUAAGGCAUUUGAGCACUUUAAUGGGCGUGCAUCAUCCACAGAUGCUAGCAAAAUUCAGAUUGGAGCAACAUUCCGAGGCAGAAAUAAUACAAAGAAGUAAUUUAGAGGUUCUACAGGCUGCGAUAACCAAUAACUUCAGUACCAUAUUUCCACCUAUAUACGUGUCGCCACCACCACCGCCGCUACCACCGCCAGCGUUACCGCAACCGUCGCAAAACAACCAUUCGCAAAUUGCGGGAAGUCUCGGGAAUCAAAUCGGUGAUAAUCAAGCAUUGGCUGCCUCCAGACCUGUUUCCAUCUCGCAGCCCAACGAAUCCCCGCCGCCUCGCUGCCGGAAUAACGGAGAGUCGCAAGGAAACUCCAGGAAUAACGGAGAAGCCCGUGAGGGUGAAAGUCGUGCGGCAUCGGUAAAUAAUCAACAUCAAUCUGGAACUAAUUGGAGUUUCGAAGAACAAUUCAAACAGUUGUAUGACCUGGAUGGUACCCCUGAACGGAAGAUAUUCCUUGACGAACUCUUUACUUUCAUGCAGGGUAGAGGUACGCCCAUCAGCCGACUUCCCAUCAUGGCAAAAUCCGUAUUGGAUCUCUAUGAGCUUUACAAGUUAGUAGUACUACGAGGUGGACUGGUCGAGGUGAUCAACAAGAAGCUGUGGCAGGAAAUUAUCAAAGGACUUCGAUUACCAGCAAGCAUCACAUCCGCUGCGUUUACUUUGCGAACUCAGUACAUGAAAUAUCUGUAUCCGUAUGAGAAAGACAAGGAGGGGCUGUCGACCCAAGAACAACUCCAGACGGCGAUCGAGACAAAUCGUCGUGAGAGCCGCAGAAACAAUUACGCGGCUUACCCUGACAAUCAAGUAGCGCGAAACCAGCACAAUUCGCUGCAGCCAAAUCCAUUGCCGUUGCCGCUCUCCAUGGCGGCCCAAAUAGCGGCGGUUGCGAAUGAAUCGCAACAUCAUGUAAAUGGACAUCCACACGGCCCGCAACAUCAUCCGCAACAUCUUCCACCAAAUCUGAGUAAUCUCCCACCUAAUCAGAUUUCAGACUAUAUGCUGAGGAUGUUGAGGGACAGAAACCCAAUAUCCAACAAUCCGAUGAUUCAAGGUGGCACACCGCCACCGCCACCAUCAAUGACUGAGGGAUUCAAAUCCGGACUUUUAUGGAAUAUGUACAGUCCAGGUAAUAAUAAUAUGUAUCCAGUGACCCAACCUUUCUCUCCGUCAUCAUCUCACUCACCAUUAGCACCAGCAAAUAGUCCUGAACCACAGAGGGAAGCCUUAGAUCUUGCAAAUUCUGGAAACAGUAGAUGUGUCGGUUCACCGGCAUGUGGAGGAGAGCUGAAAAGAAAUCAAGAAGCUAUCGAACUUUCAUCUCCAACGUCCUCCACUAAAAAAUUCUGUCCCGAUGUGGAAGGAAAUAACAUAGUGCCCGCCUUGCGUAUUAGACAAAUGGUCAACACUCGCGAUUCUGCAAGACGAAGAGAAUUAGAAAUUAGUGUAGAAAUUGAUGGUAUUUUGUAUGAAGGUGUCCUGACAGUUAAACAGGAAGUCAAUAGUAAUGGCAGUACCUCGUCAAGCCCCGAUAAUAAUGGAAAACGGGCACAAAAUAACGACUCAUGAACAUUUGCAAGAUGUCAUACGAAACAUGAUGUCAUACGAAACAAAUUAGCCUCGCAGAGUCUAAUUAAUAAUUUUGUUUUUCAGAUAUAUAUAAGACAUUCAGGUAACUA